AUGCUGCUGGAGAUUUUUGGAUCUGGAAUGAGACUAACACGGAAUAAUGACUGGGUUCUAAGAUUGCUCUUUGUUGACCGAUCUGCUUAUGCAUCCUUUGUCCUGGCAAGCAACAUUGCAGUAAAAGGAGUGAAUAACUGGGGCAGGCCAAAUUGGCUCCGCGUCCUCCCUUGUGCCAGUAAUUAUUUCUGCACCUCCAUCUAUGCCACCAAAGGCAAACAAUUUGCCAUCACCAAGGGGAUGAACAGAUCAGAGAUGAAGGGGCGAACGAAGCAAUUCCUUGUUGGGCAUGCCUCUUAUCCUGUAUUUGAAGCCAACAUCCUUAAGAAAACCACCCAUCGGGAUGGUUCUAUAUACAAGAUAAACUAUGGUUUUCUAAAGCUAUGGCGUCUUACUCAACGUGAUGAGAGUAAGUUAUCUUGA